AUGGAUGAGGAUGGCACUGGUCUGAGCCCACAGUUUGUACAGGAAAAGGUGGUGAUUUGGUCUCCUAGAAACCCUGAACAGAAGAUCAUUAAACGAGUGAUUGCUCUUGAAGGAGACAUUAUCAAAACGAUUGGAUAUAAAAAGAAGUAUGUGAAAGUUCCACAUGGUCAUAUUUGGGUGGAAGGCGAUCACCAUGGACACAGCUUUGACAGCAACGCUUUCGGCCCGGUAAGUCGGUUCUCUUGGACUUCUAAAU